AUGUGUCUUGAUAUGGUGGGGAGUGUUCGUCUAGCAGCUCAAACAUCAGAUGCUGUUUCUUUGUUGCAUAGAAGAGGUGUCCGGAGGAAUGUAAGCAUGAAGCGGUUCAUGGCACUACUUAAUAAAAAUAAAACCAAGGACACUCCACAGGCCAAGCUGCUGGAUCUAGCAGGACAACUCUGCCGCGAUCUUCAGGGCAUGUCUCCCAGCCUGGAGAAGCUGGUUGAGGCAAUGAUGGGGUGCAAGCUUCAGGAAUAUUUCCUCACCAACAUCAAUGUAGUCCGAGCCUGUGUGCUUGUCCAUAUCCACAGGGGUCAGCAUGACACAGCCUGCAGACUCCUGGAGUGUUGCAGGGCGAAAGAAAAGAAGGAGCUGGUGCAACUUUGGAAUGAGAUCCACUACCACAAAGUCAUGGAGAAACAUCACACAGAUUCCCUGACACCGGUGCAGAAAUUCCGGUGCAGGAAGAGGAAUCCUCCACCAGUUUCUCUCUGUCCUGAAGGCAUAAAGAAUCGAAACUAUCCAGAAAAAGUGCGCCAAAAGCUGCACCGAUUUGCUGCAAACGUGACAAUGAAUCCAAACAAGAAUCAGCGGGAGGGUUUGGCUCAGGAUAUGAACCUGCAGCCAAAUCAGGUCUAUAACUGGUUUGCCAAUUACCGUCGUCGUCAAAAAACCCGGCUCAGUCGGCUGGAAAAGCUCAUCGGUUCAACCGAUGAGGAGCCUUCAACUCACCAAGCAAAACAUCAGCCUGAUAAUGGAUCUUGCAUUCCACAAGCUGCAGACGCAUUUCCUGCAGGCGUUGGCUCCGAGCAGAAAGAGAUUACCCUUGUGCCCUGUGGUCCGGGGUGGGAGCAGUCCGCUGCGGGUCUGGACUGUUCUGCUGAUGGGACCUUUUCAAAGUUGCUGGAAUCCAGCUUUCUGCAGAGCAGUGAGUUACAGGAAAUGAGGUCAACUAAAACUUCAGUGACCCCUCUCAGCACGGAAGAGCCAACAGCUUUCUGCACUAAGGCUGAGCACGGAAUAAGCCUUAGCUCUGCCACCGUGGAGACCAGACAGACGUCAAGUUACACUGCCACUAGCCCCUGGCUGGAGAACUUUGUCCUAUGCUCCUGUGCCUCGCUUCCCUUCCAAACAGAACCUCUGGACGCAAGGCAGCCAACUCCCAGUGCAGAAGGCGUCUCCGGCACGAGCAGCCAGUGCCCCCUGUGGAGCCCUGGCACAGCAGGUGUCAGAGCUUCUAUGAGCAGGGUCCCUCGAGGUGGCUGUAUAGAGACCAGUUCAGAAAGCUUCUGUCACCAGGCAGAUUUAGAGAUUGACAGUUUCGUGCUUAGAGAAGGACAGCUAGGGUCCCUGGAAGCCAUUCUUCCCCACAGUGCCCCUCAGGCUGUGCUUGGCAAAUCCCAGUGCCCACCAGUUUCCACAUCCCAUCUGGAGGAAAUCCAGGCCUUGGGACACAGCCAGGUGCUGGAGAAUCCACUAAGCGAUCCCAUGACCAGUGACACAUUCUGGGCAGCAUGGCUACUCUUUGAAUUCUCGGUCGGUGGUCGACUGUAACUCGCAUAGCAAGACUUUGUAUGAUGGUCUGCAGUUCUGCAGUGAUUGCCCCUUUCUCGCCAAAAGAGGCAGUCAGAUAACACAGUGUAGUUAACUGGGAAAGGAGACCUUUUCUAAUUGUUACCAAGUUCAUUUUGGCUACAGUUUUAUCAAGAGUUUCAAAAGUAACAAACAAAAGCAGUGCUCCCUGAGGUUCUUGCAUAUCACAGACUUUAACUGGGACAAUUUGAAGCUGCGUAGCCCGUUGCAAGUAUUUAGUCACUGGUUCUAUGGAAGUUAAAUUGUUCAGGUCACUCCGUAUUCAUAACUGUGUAUCUGGACGAGAUGGUUCUGGGUCCCUCUAUUAUUGUUGUUGGUGAAGUUGUGUAAAAAGCCCCUCAAUUCAAAGGGAGUAAAACCUCAAAAAUGUCAUCUACAGUGUGGAUGCCCUGUGGGUUUGUUAAGGCUGGAGAAUUUGGGACCUAGCUGAGCCUUGAUACAAAGCUGUCUCCUCUAACCUCUGCAGUUCACCUGUGCUGUGAAUUCUGGGGCACUCCAAAUCCCAUAGUGCCACAGAUUGCACAUUUUGGAGCACUAUAGAAUUCAUAGCACCCAACAAAACUGUAUUAUAGAGGAUGAGAUGAGGAAAGCCAGAGUAUCAGGGCCCAGUAGCAGGUGGACCUUGAAUUCCCCAUGAAGGUCAGAGGAAUGGAGAGGGUGGGGACAUCUGAACCCUUUCAAUCCACACUUAGAAUUCCCAACUCCAGCUGGACAGGAGCUCUGCAACUGGUCCUAAUGGUUGCCUUUCCCACAGUCUGCAGAAGCCUGAAACUGAAGGCCUGAUUCUCUACUGCCUUGCACUUACACCUGUACAGAGUGAAUGUAGAACACUGCCAUUUUCAUUUGGUAGCAUAUUAAAUUGACUUUGCGUUUAUUUUGCAGGUACACAUUGACUGCUUGAGGUGCAGGGCAGUGGUGAAGCAGUCCUUGUAUGUCCCCAAGUAUCUUGCAAAGCAGCUUUUGGGUUGUGCAGCCCCAGAUAACCUCAGACUGCAGGAGUAUGUGACCUCUAAUAGAAAUUGGUAACUGUAUUCAGCUGAAGUCUAAUACCUGAAUUUUGGGCAAAUAUCUGAGGCUCCUCACAGCUCUGAUCGGAGGAGUACACUGCUAACAAUUCCUCUAUUCAGAUACUCUUUCCCAAACCAGCCUCCAAGCCAUCUGCUUCUGCUCCCUCUCCAUUGUGUUUUUUUGUUCUAUCACAGAUCAGGAGCCCUACACUUUUCCUUUUAUCUCACCCCGGGGCUAGAAAAUGGAAAUUGUGAGAGAAAUAGGGGAGGGGAGUUCAUUUGCACCCAGGCUCAAAAACACUGAGGGGCAGAUCAUUGUUUAGCUUUUUAAGUAUUCACCACAAUUGUGUGUUGUUGUUUUUUUUAAAAAGAUUCUGGAUCACAAAAGAGGAUCCUCCUUUCCCAGAGUCCAGGCUUAGGGUUCACUGGUGGAAGGCUGAUGUCCACAUUGACUCUCUUGUAAUGAAGUAAGUUUGCAAAUAAAGGUUAUGAGUGGA